ACAUUUCCCCACUUUAAAGAAAAGGAAUGCAGGAUUAUAAUUGCUUUGUCUUGAUAUCACGUUUUCAGAAUUGUUGGAAGCCAAAAUUGAAAUUGAAAAUAAAAUUUAAUUUAUCACAGCCUUAUUCAGCUCUUUCUCUUGUCCAGCAGCUGUGAAUGGUGAAUGACGAUGUUGUCUGUUAAAGAGCUGCUUGUGGACUCACUGAAGGAACUGGUAGAAGCUGAUCUGAAGGAGUUUCAGUGGCGCUUGAAGAAUGAUCAUAAGGAUAUAUCAAAUUCUGAAAUGGAAAAUCCAGAUCGGUUAAAAACAGUGGAUAAGAUGGUGACAUGUUUUGGAUCAGAAGAAGCUGUGAAGAUCAUGGUGGAAAUCCUGAGAAAGAUGAAGCAGAAUGACCUUGCAGAGCAGCUGGAGACCAAACACAAGCAAGCUCAGGCUGAGGGCAAUAUGAAGACAUCUGCCCCUGUUGGAGCUGAUUUAAAACAGAGCUGGGAGCUUCAAAACUUCUUGGAAACUCACAAAACCAACAUGAAGGAGAAAGCAGAACAUAUUUUUGAGGGCAACAAAGAAAAUGAAGCACAUCUCAAGGCUGUUUACACAGAACUGUUCAUCACAGAGGGAGAUAUGAAAGAUGUCAAUCAGGAACAUGAGAUUGUGAAGAUUGAUGAUGCGUUCAAGAACAAAAAAACACAGUACAUAAAAAUCAAAUGCAAUGAUAUAUUUACUGAACUGAGGAAAAAACAUUUUAAAAAGACUGUUCUGACUAAGGGCAUCGCUGGCAUUGGAAAAACUGUCUCUGUGCACAAGUUCAUCCUGGACUGGGCAGAAGGAAAAGCCAAUCAGGAUAUAGACUGUGUGUUCCUGCUUCCAUUCAGAGAGAUUAACUUUAUGACAAAUGAAGAUUUCAGUCUCCACGAGCUUCUGCUGGAAUUUUACCCUGAACUGAAGGACCUGGAGAAAUCAAAAUUAUAUACAAAAUGUAGUCUAGCAUUUAUUUUUGAUGGACUUGAUGAGAGUCGCCUGCCUUUGAAUUUUAAAAGUAGAUCAAUAAACAUUGCUGAGAAAAGAUCAUCUGUAGAUGUGCUGUUCACAAAUCUGGUCAAAGGGAAUCUGCUUCCAUCAGCUCUGGUCUGGGUGACCUCACGACCAGCAGCAGCCAAUCAGAUCCCUCCGCGCUAUGUAGGUUUGUUCACAGAGGUGCGAGGAUUCACUGAACAACAAAAGGAGGAGUACUUCAGAAAGACAAUCAAAGAUGAAACUGUAGCCUCCAGAAUCAUCUCACACGUUAAGGCGUCUCAUAGUCUCUACAUCAUGUGCCACAUUCCUGUGUUCUGCUGGAUCACAGCCACAGUACUUCAGGAUAUUCUCAAUGAAACCAAUGCAGAAAGCAUCAGCACAACACUCACGGAAAUGUACAUCCACUUUCUACUGAUACAGAUGAACAUGAAGAGCCAGAAGUAUGAUAAACAAGAAGAAAGAGAAUGUACAAAGCUAUUAGAUUCAAAUAGAGAAAUGAUUUUGAAUUUGGCCAAGCUCGCAUUUGAACAGCUGAAACAGGAAAACAUUGUGUUUUAUGAGAAAGAUCUGAAAGCAUGUGGAAUUACUGUGAGUGAAAGUACUGAGUUCACAGGAAUGAUUGCUGAGAUCUUUAAGAGGGAACAUGGACUUCAUGAAGCAAAGGUCUUUUGCUUUGUGCAUCUAAGUGUUCAAGAGUUUCUUGCUGCUGUGCAUGUGUUCCUCUGCUACCUGAAGAAGAAAAUAGAGGAGAUUUGUUUUUUCUUUGAUGAGCCAGAAGAAAAUGUCACAUUGCAGAAGCUACUGCAGAAGGCUGUUAACAAAGCCAUGGAGAGUCAAAGAGGACAUCUGGACCUGUUUAUGCGGUUUCUAAUGGGCAUCUCACUAGAAUCUAGUCAAAACUUGCUCCAAGGCCUGCUGACACACACUGAAGACACCACAGAGAGCAUCAGACAAACAACUGUAUACAUUAAACAAGUUCAAAGCAAGAAUAUCUCAGAUGAAGCUUCAGUCAACCUGUUUUACUGCUUACUAGAGCUCAAGGAUCAAUCAUUAUAUCAGCAAAUACAGAGACACCUCAGUUCAGAAGAACAUCCAGGACUUUCAUCUUCAAUGUGCACAGUGCUGACCUAUGUAUUGCUGAUAUCAGAGAAGGUCCUGGAUGAGUUCAACCCAAAGAGGUUUACAUCAUCAUCUUCAGACUACAAGAGACUCAUUCCAGCUGUGAGAUGCUGCAGAAAAGCCCUAUUUGACAGCUGUGGUCUUAAUGAAACAUGCUGUGAAACGGUAUCUUCAGCUCUCCAAUCAUCAAACUCUCAUCUGAGAGAGCUGAACCUGAGUAAUAAUCACCUGCAAGAUUCAGGAGUGAAGCUGCUCUGUGCUGGAGUGAAGAGUCCCAACUGUCAGCUGAACAUACUGAGGCUGUGUGGGUGUAAUCUCACUGCUCAGUCUUGUGAGAGUUUGUCCUCAGCUCUACAAUCAUCAAACUCAGUCCUGAAAGAGCUGGACUUGAGUAACAAUGACCUGAAAGUUUCUGGGGUGAAGCUACUUUCUGAUGUACUGAGGAGUCCAAACUGUCAGCUGGAGAUACUGAGAUUGUCUUUAUGUAAUCUCACUGCUCACACUUGUGACAGUCUGUCAUCAGUUUUACAAUCCUCAAACUCUGUCCUGAGAGAGCUAGACUUGAAUAACAAUGACCUGAUGGAUUCAGGAGUGAAGCUGCUUUUUGAUGGCCUGAAGAGCCCAAACUGUCAGCUGGAGAUACUGAGGUUGUCUGGCUGUAUGGUGACAGAAGUAGGCUGUUGUUAUGUGUCUUCAGCUCUGAGUUCAAACCCCUCACACCUGAGAGAGCUGGAUCUGAGCUACAAUCACCCAGGAGAUUCAGGAGUCAAGCUGCUCUCUGAAAAACUGGAGGCUCCAAAGUGCUCACUAGAAAAAUUCAAUGUUGAUCAUGGAGGAGAGUCCAGGAUUAAAACAGGGCUACAGAAAUAUGCCUGUUCUCUCACACUGGAUCCAAACACAGCAAACAAGCGUCUCAUUCUGUCUGAGGAGAAAAGAGAGGCAACAUGUGUGGAAGAGUAUCAGGUGUAUCCUGAUCAUCCAGACAGAUUUGAUUAUUGGGAGCAGGUGUUGUGUAGAGAGAGUGUGUUUGGACGCUGUUACUGGGAGCUGGAGGAGUGGAGUGGACGUGUGUCUAUAUCAGUGUCAUAUAAGAGCAUCAGCAGGAAGGGAUGGGGUAAUCAGUCUUGGUUUGGAGGUAAAGAUGAGUCCUGGAGUUUGUCCUGCUGUCCCUCCAGAUGCACAUUCUGGCACAAUAACAUGCAGACUGUUAUCCCUGUGAAGUCCGUCAGCAGUAGAAUAGGAGUAUUUGUGGAUCACAGUGCAGGAACUCUGUCCUUCUACAGCGUCUCUGACACAAUGAGCCUCAUCCACACAGUCCAGACCACAUUCAGUCAGCCGCUCUAUCCUGGGUUUAGGGUUUAUGGAUCAGUGAAACUGUAUAUACAGAAUAGAUUUUAAAGAGAUUAUUCCCAUGAUAAAUUAGUAACAGUGAGAUGUUAUAGAGUCUCCAAAGCCACUGCAACCUUGCCAAAAAAAGCAUGAUGGCUAAUGCUAGAGCUGCGGCUUUGGCAGUACGCAGGGAUGGAGACCAGAGGACAUUGUAUGAUUGGCUGAGGUGUCUCAUAUGAUCUAAAUUAGCCAUUAUGCUCUUUCCAAUGGUAAGUACAACAGACCAGUUUUUUUUACAUGGGGUGGCCAGGGGAUGGGGAUGACAAUGGCUAAUCAAGGGGGUUCACAGACCAUGACAGAAAAUCAGUGUAUAACACCAGCCUGGCAAAAAAACAAACAAAAAAAAAAAACAAAUCAUCUGAUUACUGAUUACUUCACAUUACCCCACAUACCGUAACUUCAAAUGUUAAUCUAUUGGAACUUAUUUCUCUUAUUUCUAACAUUCUCUUAUUUCAUCUCAUUAACCAGUGGUUGGAGCAAAAGAUUUAACAUUAACAUAUAGGUUGCAAUUCACAAAUGUUGUUCAGUAACCUAAAACUUUAACUUAAACAGGGCUUCCAACUUUUGAGUUCAGUCUGGAGUGAGAAUUAUUCAGGAAUAAUUAACAAGCUUGCGAUUAUGUACAUGUUAUUUUUUCUAAAAGAAAAUUUAAUCGAAACUAUACAGGGAGCCCUACUGUUAAGGUUAACAGUAACAAUUGAUACCCCUAUUUGGGGUAACUAACUUUACACCAGGGAAACAAAUUCUGGAUUUAAAAUUUGGGAAUCAAAAGGUUUGAGUAAGGUGGGAGAUUUAUUUAGAAAUAAAUAAUCUAGGACCUAAAUACAUUGCAGAUAUGCUCACUGAUUAUAAACCACUCAGAUCAUUAGGAUUGAGUCAGUUAGAAAUACCAAGAGUUCACACAAAACAAGGGGAGUCCACUUUUAGCUAUUUUGCUGCCCGCAGCUGAACCAGCAUCCAGAAGAGAUCAGAUGUGCUAAAACAUCAGCCACAUUUAAAUCCAAACUCAAAACUCAUCUGUUUAGCUGUGCAUUUAUUGAAUGAGCACUGUGCUACGUCUGAACUGAUUGCACUGUA